UAAUGGAGAGCGGGGAAGAGAGAAAGGGGUAGAAACGCACAGCGAGGGAGGAAGCGAGGGAUAGACGGAGCGUGAGGGAGACUGGGCUAAGUGGACAGACUUCACGUUGAGCUCGCAUGAACCUCAGCAUCAUUCCCGCCCCCCCCUCGCUGGACUCAUUUCAGCUGCGUUAAACCGCAGGAACUCCGCCGCGGAACACACGGUGAUCCUGGGCAAGCAUGUGCGCCGCAUGGAAAUGUGCGAGGAAAAUCUCCGAGAUGAAGGCGGCGUGCUCUGAGGAGAGGCGAGGCAGAGAAGUCAGGAAGAAGCAACUGUAGUAAAGCUGUCAUGAUCCGUGAACGCCUCGCUGCGGCGCCGCACGUGGCGCUCCUCUUCCUCUUCCUCUGUCGGGGGGAAGGCUGCGGCGUCCCGCAGGCCACUGGCCUUUCAGAGGAAGAUGAGGACUUGCGAGCAACGUCAAGCAAAGAGCAACAAGUCUUACCUCACCCGGAGUCCGCAGACGUCUUGCUUGAGCGAAUCAAAGAGCCGGGAAGACACGGCCAUAAUGCCGGGGCUGACGAAACACCAAUGCCAAGCCUGGCCUUCCAACUAAGUGGCAACAACCUGGCUGACAAAAUUGACACGCUGAGCCGCCCUGAAACUUCUGCUACAUCCUUCAUGUCUAAACUUAGAACAGAAGUGACUGAGAUUGGUAGCAAAAGGAGCAGUUUGAGUAAUGGGGGUGAUGGCGGUGUAAUUGAUGGUCACUAUCCAGGACCAAGUUCAGAGGAAGAGGCGUACUCUGUCAACGGAGUCGGUGAGGUUCAGCCUGGAAGGAGUCAGGGUGGGCCUGAACGGGUCGAGGACCCUCAGUGGGGCCGGAGCCCCCGCCGCCGCAGGAGCUGGCUCUGGAACCAGUUCUUUGUGAUCGAGGAGUACCGAGGGCCCGAGCCGGUGCUCAUUGGGCGGCUGCACACCGACAUGGACAGAGGGGACGGGCGCACCAAGUACAUGCUGGAGGGGGAGGGAGUCGGCUCUGUGUUUGUCAUCGACGGCAACACGGGCAACAUCCACGUCACCAAGGCCCUGGACCGCGAGGAGAAGGAUGAGUACCGGCUCACGGCGACAGCCACUGACAGGGAGACGGGCCGGGCCCUGGAGCCCUCCUCCGAGUUCAUCAUCCGGGUGCAGGACAUCAACGACAACCCGCCCAUCUUCCCCGACGAGCCCUACGUCGCCGUGGUGCCGGAGAUGGCCAACAUAGGCACUUCCAUAACCCGGGUCACGGCCACAGACGCCGACGACCCGACGUACGGAAACAGCGCCCGGCUGGUCUACGGGAUUUUACAGGGCCAGGACUUGUUCUCUGUGGAUCCUCAGACAGGCAUCCUACGGACCGCCGUACCUGAUAUGGACAGGGAGACGCAGGACGAAUAUCUGGUGGUCCUCCAGGCCAAAGACAUGGGCGGACAUCUGGGUGGGCUGACGGGGACCACGACCGUCACUGUGAAGCUGAGCGACGUCAACGACAACCCGCCCCACUUCAGACGCAGUGCGUGGUCGUUCUCUGUGUCGGAGCUGGCUGCACCUGGUGUGGAGGUGGGCCGUCUCACUGCCACCGACCCUGACCUGGGAGAAAAUGCACAGCUGGAGUUUACCAUCCUGGACGCGGAGGGUGCGGACAUUUUCAACGUCACCAGCAGAGCCAGGGAGGCCGUCAUCGUGCUGAACAAGCUUCUGGAUUACGAAAUGUGCAAUUCGUAUACGUUUUCCGUGGAAGUGGCGAACCCGGUCGUUGACCCCCGGUUCAUACGGAAAGGGCCCUUCAAGGACCAGGCGACGGUCCGGGUGAUGAUCCUCAACGCCGACGAGCCGCCGCGGUUCUCCCAGGCCGUCUACCACCUGGACGUGUCCGAGAACUGCCCCCCCGUCUGCGCCGUCGGCCGCGUCCACGCCGUAGACCCGGACACGGGACAGAGCAGCAACAUCAGGUACUCCAUCGAUCCGCAGUCGGACCCCGAGGCUUUGUUCCGCAUCGCCUCCGACAAGGGCUUCAUCAGCGCCGUGGUAGAGUUGGACCGUGAGCAGGAGCAGUGGCAUAACAUCUCAGUCAUCGCCACACAGAGGGACAACCCAAAUCUUGUGUCGAGGGCUGUGGUUGCCAUAGAGACACUGGACCAGAAUGACAAUGCGCCAGAGUUGGACAGGCAGUACGCGACAUCAGUAUGUGACUCCAGCGCCCCGGGUCAGGUCUGUUCCUGUUCAGCCCUAGCCUGAUAAUACACUGCUCUUCAUUUUACCCACUCAGUCUCUACAGCCACUGUAC